AGGGAAAGGAAUAUUUCUCUUUUUAAUUAACUAGUAACAAAGCGGUUUUUUAGAUUUGAUUUGAUUUAAUUAACACUAAGAUGAAUGACUUAAAUGAGUUUAAUUAAUGAGAAGAAGAAUUGGCUUUGCUUUUAUCCACUUAAUGAAAUGUUCGUCGAUCCUGGUUAUAUCUUUAACUAUCUUCCUCUCGAAUACUCAAUCAAGGAGUAUAUCCAGUUCAUCGAGGGUAGUUAUUAAUAACGAGAAGCGUUCAUUAAUAAAAUUUACUAUCGAGUCAAUAUAGAACAAGCGCCGUAUAUUAACUUGAUAGUAGCAAUAAACUUAAGAUGAAAACGAUUGAGGUUGAUAACUUCAACACAAGCGGUUUAUUGGUUUAAUCAAUAUAAUUAAAUCCCCUUGGUUUAUUAACCAUGAGAUGCAUGCAUUAAUCAUCCAAGUUUACUACCAUGAAAGGACCGAAUUAAUAACAAGCGUAUUAAUCGACCGAUUCUAGUAUUCAUUAAUAUAUGAAACAAAACUAGUUGAUCCUUUAAGUAAUGUUCAAAAUAUUAAUAUGAAAUAUGAAAAGGAAUUAAUUAAUACUCAAGGAAGAAUAUUAACGAAGAUGAAUCCUACUAUAGUUAAUAUCAAGAUGUUAACUAAUUGUCAUCUUAGUAACACUCCCCAAUAUUAACGUAGAGGAAGAAAUAAUUAUUACUAUAACUAAUGUCAAGAUGUUGACUAAUUGUCAUCUUAGUAACACUCCCCAACAUUGAUAUAGAAAUAGUAUUUAAAGGAAGAAUUAAUAUUCAAGGAAGAAGAUUAAAGAGAAUAACUCACAACUUACAAAUUCAUUAAGCUUCAAAGUAGCAAAACCAAGAUGGAAGAGUUUAGCUCCUCAUUUGGAGACUAAACAUGAUAGAAAAUAUAAAGAAAACACUAAUCUAAACUGAGCUAAAGAGUAUAUGUGAAUUGGUUAUUUUAUUGUGAAGGAAAGGGGUGUAUUUAUAGGCUUUUGGGAGCUACAGGGUCUGAUACCCGAUCGGGUAUAUAGGAUACCCGAUCGGGUAUCUUAGGAAAUUGCCCAGAAAGUCACUUUUCUGGGCAUACCCGAUCGGUUAUGUCGGCAUACCCGAUCGGUUAUGUCGGCAUACCCGAUCGGGUAUGUGACAAAUCUUCACGAAAAUUUGCUCCCACGAUCAUUUGUUCCCGGAUUUGAUUUGGACAAUCGAAUCAAGUGAAUAUCCGAUCGGGUAUAGGCAAUACCCGACCAGGUACAUGAGUAUUUUUUCCAAAUCGAAAUCUUUCUUGUCUCCUUGCACUUUCCUUGAUCUUUUAAGGUCCAAUCUUGAUCCCUUGGAUGAUCUUUGACCUGUUUAGCUCAGAAUAAUCCUAAUCUAAACAAAUUACAAAUAAAAAUGAAAAUAAAAUAUAUAUUACACCAAGAUUCCGGGUUUCCGGUCCGGUCCGGGUCAAACCCGGAAAAAACAGGUCCGGACCGGAAUAGACCGGUAACCUAUUGUUCCAUAAAAUAUAUACUUCGUUUUGAAUCAUUAGUCAAUUUAUAUUUGGCUUACUACUAUGUUUAUGGCUUAUUUUUGCCUUUUGUUAUAUAAACGAAUAUAUACGGAGUGUGUAUUUGGUGUCUAAUUAUUUCCUAAGUUGUUUAUAAUUUUUUUUAUGUAGCAGGUCCUAAGUUUUUUAUUGAUCGUAUAGUAGUUUAUAUUUUUUUGAUUUUUUCCAAAUCGCUUUUUAUUUGUUUCUUUAUUUGUAGGUGUGUGUGUAUUUUAUAUGUAGCAUAUUUUUUGGACGUAAUUUAGUUUUUAUUACCCCACAAUAAAUUUUGCCAAUUUAAUACACAAAAGAUUGUAGUUUUAAUUAUUGUGGGUACUAAUUGUUACGAUUGAAUAGUUUUGAUGACUAUAUUCCAAAAUUAAUAAAUGAGCUAAACAAUUAUUUAGUCUAUUUAGCAUAUCCGCAUAUAAAAUUAUAGUUUGAAACAACAACAACAUCCAAGUCUUAUUCCUAAAAAAUUUGGGGUCGGCAAAGAACACUCUAAGAUAAUACUCCGUAUGUCUUUUUUUAAAACCGGGUCAAUUAGGGUCAAACCUGGACCGGACCGGAAAAUUCAGGUCCGGACCGGUCCGGACCGGUUACAUUCAGGUCCGGUCUUCGGUCCAUAGAAAAUGAUGAUCCCGGUUCCGGUCCUAACCGGAUCCGGUCCGGUCCGGUUUUGGAUCGGUGCACACCCCUACCCCUAGCCAUCCUUAAACGCAGCAGGGAGGCAGAGCACUGAAAACAGUCAUUCCCUUUACUCGGCUCUGCACACCUUGCACUGUUUCACGAGUACGAAGUUCCGAACAACGCCUCAAGUCCCCACUCCGCCGUGUCGUCGAAGUCCGGCCGCCGCACGCCCUACAAUGGACUCGCCCAGGAUGAAAAGAUAUUUCGAUGUUGUACCCAAAUUUAAAGAGACUCAGAGUAUCGGGAGUAAUUCAGGUGUUAAUUCAAAUGAUUCGCCGUUAAUGAAUGAAGACUUAAAUCAAGUAAUUGCUGAAAGUGAAGCUAAUCUGGCUUAUAAUCUACCUGGACAACAUGUUGAUUUUGAAUCUCUAGAAGCUGAUCCUGGAUUGAGAAAGAAAUUUACUGAUUUUCAUCCUAAUGUUCCAGAUGAGGUACGUCGUAGUUACAUUCAAAAAGGGCCAUUUCAACCUCGGGAUCAUGAUUUCCCAACAUGCAUCAUUACAAGUAUGAUUGUUUACAUGAGAUUGUCAAUUUGUUUGUGGCAGAGCUUGAGAGCAGGUUUGAUGUGGCAUUGUGGCAAGCACUGAGUUAUUGCGUUGUGUGUCUUGUUUAUGUCCUUCCUCCUCGUUUGAAGCUUUUGAUAGGACAUCUUUGCUUAAAUUGGCAGAAUUUUAUCUAAAAGAGUUUUCUGAUGUUGAUCAAAAGAUACUCGAAAGUCAGCUUGAGAAUUAUAUUUUAGUAGACCUUUUCGAUUGCAAUGGUGUCCACAAAGAAGCAUCUCACACAUCAGCAUGUGUAUACACUUAUUAAGUUAUCUCUACUUCUCCCGGUAGCUACAACAAGUGUUGAACGAGCGUUUUCAGGUAUGAGGUUCGUGAAGAAUGAGUUGCGGAACAAGAUUUGCGAUCAAUGGUUGAAUGAUUGCUUAGUUACGUAUGUUGAGAGAGAUGUUUUUGCUACUAUUAGUGAUGAUUCUAUUAUAGAAUAUUUCCGACAAAUGAAGCCUAGGAGGGUACAUCUAUAGAAUUGUUGAAUGCUUUUAUAUGUAAUAUUUUUCUUGAUAAUAUUUUAAUGUUGUAAUGGUACAUGAACGUUAAC